CAACCAUCCCACCAAAAAGUUCGCGACAGCCUCAUCAUCAAGCUCCCAACACACUCCACAACAACAAUGGGCAAACUCAAGAACCCCAAGCGCAACAGCGCUCCCAGCGCCUCCCCAUACGCAAAAGCCCAAGCAACUACCAACAACGUCUUCAAAUUCAACACCAAUGUAGGCCAACACAUCUUGAAGAACCCCGGUGUCGCAGAAGCCAUCGUUGCAAAAGCCUUUCUCAAGCCUUCCGAUACGGUGUUGGAAGUUGGACCGGGAACGGGGAAUUUGACGGUUCGGAUUCUGGAGAAGGCGAAGAAGGUCAUUGCCGUGGAGCUGGAUCCUAGGAUGGCGGCUGAGGUGACGAAGAGAGUUCAGGGACGUCCGGAGCAAAAGAGACUUGAGGUUCUGUUGGGGGAUGUCAUUAAGAUGGAGACGUUGCCGCAGUUUGACGUUUGUAUUAGUAAUACGCCUUAUCAGGUUUGUUUUCCUUUUGCUUUUCCUUAUUACGGUGGAUUCAUUGGAUAAUGGGAUAGAUGGGAAGUGGAUUAUAUGCUAAUUGGAACUUUUAGAUUUCCUCGCCCCUCGUCUUCAAACUCCUCUCCCUCCCCAAUCCACCCCGCGUCUCCGUUCUCAUGUUCCAACGCGAAUUUGCCCUCCGGCUUACCGCUCGCCCAGGGGACUCCCUCUACUGCCGUCUCUCAGUCAAUGCCCAAUUCUGGGCAAAAAUAACACACAUCAUGAAAGUAGGGAAGAAUAACUUCAAGCCACCUCCGCAGGUCGAAUCCUCCGUCGUACGUAUUGAGCCGAAGAUGGGCAGUGAGAGGCCGGGUGUAAGUUGGGAUGAAUGGGACGGCAUGUUACGAGUCUGUUUCGUGCGUAGGGGACGCACGAUGAGAGCUAGCUGGUUGGGGAGUAGAGAGGUGCUGGGCAUGUGCGAGAGGAAUUAUAGGGUUUGGUGCGCGAUGAAUAACGUCCCUCUCGAUGACACACCCAUGAACGAAGGCGAGGAAGACGACGAGAUGGAACUCGACGAGACCUCAGCGCCGCCAGAUGAGGAGGAAUGGAAUGGCAUUGAGGGGGAUGACGAUGAUACCCCCGCUUUCUUCGCGGAGUUAAAUAAGAAGAAUCGCGACGCGCGAAAGACGCCGAGUAAGAAGAGGAAAACUCGCGUGGCGGAGUUGGUCAAGGAGAAGAUUCGUAAGGUUCUGGAGGAUGUCACGGAGUUGGCGGAUAAACGGUCGGGGAAGUGUGAUGAGAAUGAUUUCUUGCGCUUGCUUUCGGCUUUUAAUGAGGAGGGGUUGCAUUUUGCGUAAGCUACGCAACACUCGAUGGGAUAUUGGAGUUUGGGGGGACAUUUGUGCAUUUGUAUUUAGCGGGGUGUUUUGGAGUUCUUGGGACCUCAGGAUGUAUUGUGGUAUUUCUCUUCUAUAAAAUUUGUUGAGAUCAGUUUUCUGAGGGUAUUGGAGUAUGGAAGUAGGUACAGUAGGACGAAAAUUCGAAUUCUG